GUAACCGGAAGGACUAUUUUGUAUUUUUGUCCGUCCGUAGGACAGGCAAUUCGAAUAUUUUGUAUAAAUCAAACUCUUUUAAUGUCAUCCAACCAGUUAAAACACUGACUGUAAAGCUACUUCUGGAUUUUUAUAUAGAGGUAUUGUCGAGGUCUUGCCUGGCUGGCCCAUGGUGAGACGGGGACCUAGAGGAACUGAACAGACACAAGAUGGCCUGUGUGGAGGAGCCCCCUGAGAAGCACUGCUGGGUGUGUUUUGCGACAGAGAGAGAGGAUCGCGUGGCAGAGUGGGUGAGCCCCUGCAGAUGUAAGGGCUGUACCAAGUGGAUCCACCAGGCCUGUCUGCAGCGUUGGCUCGAUGAGAAGCAGAAAGGAAACAGUGGAGGAGCCGUCAGCUGCCCUCAGUGUGGCACAGAGUACCGCAUUGUCUUUCCAAAAAUGGGGCCGUUGGUAUACUUCCUCCAGCAGAUGGACAGUGCUCUGUCACGGGCCAGUCCAUUCACUGCUGCCGGUGUGGUGGUGGGGACAGUCUAUUGGUCAGCUGUCACCUAUGGAGCUGUGACUGUCAUGCAGGUGGUGGGCCAUAAGAAGGGCUUGGAUGUGAUGGAGAGAGCAGAUCCUGUGUUCCUCCUGAUGGGUCUACCUACCAUCCCAGUGAUGCUUGUCCUGGGCAAGAUGAUCCGCUGGGAGGACUACAUACUGAGGCUGUGGCAGAGACACUCCUCUAAACUACAGCUGCUAUUGCCAGAUCAGUCGUCCUGGUCCCUUUGCAGAAAAACAGCCCCAAAGCAUGAUGUUUCCACCCCCAUGCUUCACAGUAUAGGUCGUCCGUUGCCCCGUGUGCCAGCUGAUGGGGGUAAUGGAGGGGACCACCUGUCAGUGUCUCGUACUCUGUGUGGAGCUCUCAUCUUCCCCUCUGUAGCCAGCCUGGUGGGACGACUGAUCUUCGGCAGGGUACCCUCAUCUCUGCAACGCACCGUUCUGGGUGGUAUAGCAUUUGUGGUGAUGAAGGGAGUGUUGAAGGUGUAUUUCAAACAGCAGCAGUACCUCAUUCAGGCCAACCGCCACAUCCUCAACUACCCCGAGAGAGGGAGGGAUGGAGAGACGGAGGGACGGAUCGAGGGAGGAGGAGACGACACAGAGGACAGUGGAAAUGAGUGAAUGCAAGACUCCCCCUCCCCAACCUUAACCCCGAUUGGGAACAGAAUCCUCUGUUCCCAAUCGCAAUGUAGUUUUAUUUUACUCAGACAAGGGGUGUGUUUAGGAGGUGCAUUACAUUUCCAAAAAGAGAACUUGUCCAAUAGGAAUGCAAUUGUUAGUUUUUUUUCUCCCAUUUGUCUCCUGAAUGCGACCCAGGUCUUCUAUUUGCAUUGUAAGAUAUCCACCCAACCAUGACUGUAUGUGUGUGUACACUGUAGAGCCCAUGCUAUUUUAUUUGCCUGUAUGAAUGAAUUGGCUAAUAAAGUGAUUUGAUUGUUA